GAGUGGAGCAUUACAGACUACUGCAUUUCCUCCACUGUGUACAAAGAAUAAGUUAAUCCUUAUCUCAUUGUUUAAAGGAUGAAAUCGACCUUCAAUAAGUUCCUACUCUAAUUGUUUUCUGGGACUCAAUAGCCAUCGAGCAUGAUCCCUUUUGACUUGAAGACAAAUCCACGUCAUGAGAUCAAUUUCUUCAUGCAAAUGAUGCCGGGGGUCAUCUGUCAAGCAAAAAUAUGUCAACGAUGAUGAUUAGGCGUUUGUCCAGGUUUUUGGCAGCAUCAGCUCGGCGAAAUAAUGUUGGCCUUGUGCUGGGAGAUGGAUUUGUUAAUGCUGGGUACCACUCAAUGGAGCCGAGUCCCAUGACAGUUGGGAUCAUUGGGGCUGCUUUCCGUGGAGGCCAGAGGCGAGUUGGUACCGAUCAUGGACCUCAUGCUAUUCGACACGGUGGAUUUUUGGAGGCAGCCAUCAGGGCCUUAGGACAUGAAAUCAAGGAUUACGGGGACUUGAGAGUUGAGGAUUUACAAAACAUUCAGCCGAAAUUGGCGAAGACGCGGAUUAAUAACGUUCAUAUCAUCGGAAGCUACAUGAAAGAGAUGUCGCAGCGAGUUCAGCAGUCGUUGCGUGAGAACAAAUUGACCAUUGUGCUGGGCGGCGAUCACAGCAUCGCCGUCGGCACUGUGCAUGGACACGCGACGACCGUCGUCGACGACCUGGCCGUCGUCUACGUGGACGCCCACGCCGACAUCAAUACCCCGAUGACGUCACACACUGGCAACGCUCACGGAAUGCCAGUGUCGCUGCUGUGCGGCGAAUUUAGAAAGUACAUUGACUUCCAGCUGGAUGGCUUGGAACCCCUGGCCUGGCUGGAGCCUGUGAUAUCUUGCAAAGAUUUGGCUUACAUUGGACUGAGAGAUGUGGAACCUUGGGAACGGGUUGCACUGAAUCAUUUGGGCAUUUUGGAAUAUAACAUGCAGUCCAUUGAUGAUAUUGGCGUCAAGGAAGUCAUCAGACAAGCGCUGAUGAGGAUCAACCCCGAACUCAGGUCUCACAUCCACCUCAGUAUCGACGUCGAUGCCAUGUGUCCUGAAUUUGCUCCUUCUACUGGUCUUCCAGUUGCUGGUGGCCUGACAUUGAGAGAAGUGAUUCAAAUAGCUGAGGUGACCGCAGCCACUGGAAGACUGAGGUUGAUUGAAAUUGUUGAACUGAACCCAAAAGUUGGCAGCAGUGACGAUGUGCACAAAACUGUUGAAGCUGCCCAAGCCAUUAUCCUUGCUGCUUGUGGACACUACAGAGGAGGGCUUUACUUGAACAGCACUUACGGUGUUGACGAUUAUUCUCAAUCUUACUUGAUGCCAUUAUCCCGAGACUUGGCUCCAAAAUUCAAGAUGGAGUCCAGGAAGUUUGCUCACUUUUUGUGCAUCUUAGUUCUUGUCCCUGCUCUGUGUUUUGCGCAGGAAACGGGCGAAAUUUACACUGGCGCUGGAUCUCAGACUCAAGAAGUCUCAGUUGUGCCAGUUCAUCAUCGACAUCUACCGGCUGCUAAUGAAGCUGGCGAUGCUUUGAAAAAGCAGAAGGAAGUUUCGCAGAUAAAUGUUUUGAGUUUGGAAAGCAAUGCCGCUGUUCCCACGGAACCCGAAACUGUGCAAACCACCCCAAGCACCAUUUCUCCAGAGGAAUUGCUUGCAAGACAGCAACUGCAUCAGCAAAAAUUACUCGCUCAACAGGCUGCUCAACAACAACAACAACAACAACAACAACAACAAGCUCAACCAAUUCAACUCAAGGUGAAUGAGAAUAAAAUGGCCGAGUAUCAACGAAAUCCUACCAAGGGUGCAUCAGACCGUUCGGAGGAUGUCAUUACGGAUGUCAAGCAAGAUGGAGCUGGAGAAACCACUACCACAGCUGGGGUUCAUCGGUCUGUGUCCAGUUCUGGCCUCCUUGUGCUUGUCGGGACUUUCCUUGUGGCUUGUUUCCACUGA